GAACAACUGCUCACCUAUGCCGGUUUCCAUGGUGAUGACGCCAACCACCACACCCCUCAAUCAGGUGCAGUCAGUCAUACAAUCAAACAACCAGCAUUCCGUCAUUCAGGCUACACCUGUUGUACACAUUCAGGUUGAGGAAGAUAGUUUGACUGUAGAUGGUGAGACUGAGAGAAAGAAAAGACAAGAAAUCCUGUCACGAAGACCUUCCUACAGGAGGAUAUUAAAUGACCUGUCAUCUGAUGUUCCUGGAGUACCAAAGAUUGAAGAAGAGCCAGCAGGAAGUGAUGAGUCUGAGGGUACACAGAGUAUCAUUGUAUCUGGAGGAACAGCUAUUCAAAACCUACCAACUGGAGCAGCAACAAUCCAGAUAGCAAACCCUGCUGGUGAUGGUGUCCAGGGUAUCCAGACGUUAACAAUGACCAGUGCUGGUGGCUCAGGAAUUGUCCAGUCCAUUCAGACCCAAGACGGUCAACAGUUCUUUGUGCCAGCUGCUACGGGUGAGUACCCUGUGAACAUUGCCCGUCUUGGUGAAGUGCAAGCAUACCAGAUUAGACCCGCUACAUCAUUACCUCAGGGUGUGGUUAUGACUGCACCAUCUAACCUACAACAACAACAAGUGAUGGUAGAAGAGGCUGGAAGAAAACGAGAACUCAGACUUAUGAAAAACAGGGAGGCAGCUAAAGAGUGUAGACGGAAGAAGAAAGAAUAUAUCAAGUGUCUUGAGAACAGAGUGGCUGUCUUAGAAAACCAGAACAAAACAUUAAUAGAGGAACUCAAAUCACUCAAAGAGUUAUACUGUCAUAAAUCAGAUUAAGGUAUGCUGGACAUUGUGUCGGAGCUUAUUUUGAUGAACGCAAAGUGCCACAGAGAGUGCAAGAUUGUGGAGUACUCUACGUGCACUAUGUCAAGAACGUCAAGAGUUCUGUAGACUGAAGAAGAUACCUGCUGGAAGUGCUUCUAAUCAUCAUGUAUUGCCUUGUAUGCAAUCAUUGCACAAUGCUCAUUGCACAGCCACAUCACCAAUACAGGCAACAGAAGAAAGACUCUGGAUGUGAUCAAUCAAAUGCUGAUGAUUGGUUUUAUUGUAUAUAAGUAUUUUUCUUUUUACUUGUAAAGGAAAAAGGAUGUCUGAUCGCUCAUUUCUUGUGCACCUUGACGGAAGCCAUGAGAGCACUUUUUAUAAAAGUUGUCAAGAAGUGUUAUUGGUAUAUAAUUGUAAGAGUGUCUAUAUUUUCAUACUUGAUUAAGACAAUUUAAGGGGAAAGGAUUUCGAUCUUAUCAAUUGUACAAGAGCUAGUUGUUUGACAGAGUCAAGUUGUUGAAAUGAAUUUAUACAUAAUCAGCUGAAUCUUCAACCUGGUUCAUUUGAAAUAUUUGAAUAGGAAAGCUUGCAUUGAUUUUAUCACAGAAAAACAAUGUAAUAUUUAUUUAAUUUACUUUGAAAUUUGAUUGUAUCUAAUAGUUCAUUUAUUUUUAAUAUUUUCCAGGUUUUUAUGAUAAUUGGUAUAUAGUUGUUUUGGUAAUCCCAAAGAACAACUUUAUGGAUUUUUUUUUCCAUAAAGAUGUAAAACAUGCAAUUUUAUUGUCAGCGUUAGGGAAACUAAUUUCUUUAUGGUUAAUCUGACUUCAAUAAGAGUUUAGUGGAAUUCAAAGAUUCCCAUGUUUUAUUUUUAUGUUUGUGUGAAAUAAUUUCUUCCAAAAUGAGGUCAAUUAUUAGGUUUAAUAUUGCAGGAUACUCCUUCUGUACCUGUAUUACACCAUUAGCUCUGAACAGGUCUGCUCUGAACUUGACAUACCACAUAGUUUAAACAAGGAAUUUCAACAUGCAUGUGCAUGUAAUAUAAUUUAUAUUAAGCAUAAGCAUAAAAAACCUAGUUAAUCAUAUACUAUUUCUUGCCAUCAUAAAGAAAUUGUUAGUAAUUGAUCUGAUAGCUGAAACAAUUUAACUCUUGCACACAGUUUUAAAGUAAAAUGCCCAUAUCCUUGUUUGUGUACUAGUUUUUUUUUCAUUGAUAACACCACAAGAAAGCAUUUUAAUACUCCAUACAGUCCCAGCAAAUUUGUGCCUUUUCUGAGGAACAAGUUUUCUUCAUUUCAGAGGAUAGAGAAUUUGACAGCCUUACAUCAGUCCUGUAACUCAAAUUAUAAGAAUACAGUGUAUUUAAUAAUACCCUCCCCCAUUCACUUUUCCUCUCUUCUAUGUAUUUUGUUGAAGUUACAGGGUAAUACUUUACUGAAUUGAAUGUGUAUUUUCUCAGUCUAUAUGAGUACUGUCAUUUUAAGAUGAGAUCUGCGUAAGCCCAGAGAAUUUAUAGCAUUUAUAGAUGUCCAAAGUAAAUUAAAAAUGUAAAUUGAAAAUUUUACAAAACUUUGACAAUGCCACUUGUUUGUUUUUUAACCUUUAUUUGUUGUUAAUUUUUGUCUCAGCAGCAGAGAGCCAUUCAGGCCCGAAUACACAAAGGUGGUUUUGAAGUUCAUCGGUUUAUGCAGAUUUCAGGCGUCCAUUUUGUCACUAUGUGGCAAAUGGACGCCUGUUGCCUUGGUUGAGUACGCCAUUUAUUCACGAGUCCACCUGUCAUGAAUCAAUUCAGCACAGUGGAUUUAUCAGGCCUUUAUGGCUGCCUAUCCUUAUCUUCAUUCUCAAUACAGAAAUUGUAAAUCAAAGGGCUGGUUUCUGCUAUUGUGGAGUGAUAUCUCCUUGCAUAUAUUUAUGUAGCCAUCUGAGCCAUCUUAUACCACACUUUAGUCAAGUGAGUAAAUUAAGUAGUCAAUGAAAAUUACAGACAGCACUCUUCAUGAAUCGCUCCUCUGAUUGACAUGUGGAACUUAGGUUUGGAAAUGUAACAUUUUAGAACUUACAAUGUAGGUUUUGAAAUAUAACAUUUUAGAACUUAGGUUUUGAAAUAUAAUAUUUAGACAUCACUCCUUUGAAUAAAAGCCAUUUUGCCAGAUGUAUGUUUAUAUGAUGCUAUGGGGGGCAUUGGUAAAGCAAUGGCAAUAAAAACAAUAUUCAUUAGGACUUUGUGUCCUAGCAAACCUAACAUCCACUCUGGACACAGAAGAUAUGACACAAGAACUAGGAUAGAAACAAGGAAAGUAGUUUGACAUAGUAAUUAAGAUCACGUUUGGUUGCACUGUAGGCAACUCAUAAGUAUUAUUUAACAUCUAAAUUUGAAUUCAAUUCAAAUUAAUUUCUAACAGAAAAGAUACAGUUAUUACAUGAUUAUAGAGCUAAAAACAGAUUCAAAGGGUUUAUUUUGGUUUUUAUAAGCAAAUGAAAUCUUAAAGCAUGAUGGCAUUGUAAUAGAUCUCAAAAUGUGGUUGUAAUAUAAUGAACAACUGACUUAUUUUUCCCUCUUUAUUUUUAUAUGUACAUAAUAUAUACACACUGGGCCCAAAAUAUAAAGCUUUGAAAUUGAUAAUUGGGUUGAUUUUUAUGAUUGACUGUAUUAUGAUCAAUAGUUCCAAGAUGAAUCAAUAAAGGCCCUGGUCUGCCUUGAAGUAAAUAUUGAUGAGUCAAAAUGAAGACUGGUUGUAGUUUCUCUCACUUGUUGUUGUACAUAUUUCAUAUCUUAAAGUGAUGAGAACUACAAGACUGGUGCUUGCUGGGCAAGUGGUCUUUCAAGAUGAAAGACAAUCUAGAGAGGCAGAAUUAUUUUUUUUCUUGGUAUGUUACAUCGUCAUAAAUGCUGAAUUUAGACUUUCCAAGCCGUUUGAAUUUUCUCAAAUUGGUAUUUCUCUGGUGUCUUACACUGGAUAUGUAUGUAUGUGUUCAGAUAUGUGUACUUUUCCUACUUCUAUGUUUGAAUUAUUGUGGUUUGUUAAUACCAUCCAUGAUCGAGUUGUAGAUUGUAUUUAAUUUGUAAACACUUGAAAUGUAUAAGAAUUAACAAGUAAAAUUUAAUGACAGAAGGAUACAUGUAUGUUUCUAUAUGGACUUAAAUUCUAAAGUUUUCAUCUUGAAAUUAUUGCUAGUUAUUUUUAAUACAAUGUGUUGUGAGAAUUUUAUUUGUAAUCAAUUUUAAUUUUAUUAUGAUUUGAAUUAUUGAAUCUUUCUUUCAAAUGACUAUGUUUCAUAAAACUUGUGAAUGUUCAUUGCAUUGAGGCUAACAGGGAUCCUUGCAUUUGAUUGGUUGUGCGAAGCUGAAUUCUAGGUCUGUAGCCAUUCUUAUUGAUAGACAAGUUUUAUGAAAUAGGGUCCAUUGUCUUACUCACUUGCAACACAAUCAAAAUUGUGAUUCACUUUCACAAACUUGCAAAUUGUAUUUGGUCAUAUCAAUGAUGUUCAUAUCAGUCUUGUGAUUAAAGAUAUAUAAAUGUAGUUGGAAUGAACACUGAUUUCAUGAGAAAACCUGUACAACCAAUGUUGAUUAUCACUGUAUCAUCAUAAACAGUUAAACCCGGGAAGUUGGAGUUAGAACUUAACUUUGUGAAAUCCUUCCAACUUCCCUCCAACUCCAACUUUCGAUCCAAUUAAUAAAAAAAUCACACAGAAGACCGUCAACAUAGAUCAGCACAAGUGGGGCAGUGUAUUACUACCGAUAUUGGAUAAAGACUCCAAAUUUCAGCUGGAAUGCCAAGAUUACAUGUACUUUGCUAAUUUCUCAGCAAUUACCGGUACACAAUUUCUUUCAGAAUAUGUUUUACACCGUCAGAUUCUGAACAACCUCAGUUUGAAAUCAUUACCACAACUGGCACUUAUGCCUAAUCCCGAACGUUCAUGUGGCAUUAUUGAGUUUGUGAAACUAUUGUUGAUCGUUGUAUACUUGUUCACCAUACUGUGAGGCUAUUUAUGUGGUUCCCAUGUGUUAACCCUAAAAGGACUGAGCUAAGAAGACAGGGAGGGGGGGGGGGGGUGAUUCAGCCCCCAUAUGAUCUCGGCCAUCGACCGUACAAUCGUGAUGAAAAUUGGCAUAUGAAUUACCCAUGGCAUAAUUUACAAAACUGUAAUAUCAAAUCCUACAUAAAUCUUUUUGCUGCCACAUAACCAUCCUCACAUUUCUCUCCCUUUCACCCCUUCCUACAAUUAAUACCAGCGUAGGGAUCAAGUUUUAAUUAAAUGUAUGUAUUCAUGUCUAUUUUUUAUUCUCCGCUCUCUGUCCAUGUUUGUAUCAUUUGAAAUUGUAGAUUUUUUUUCUAAAUGGAGUUCUACAAGUGUCUUGAAAUAUACUGUGUUAAAAGUUCUGUCAAUUGUCACUUGCAAUUUGCUAUUGUACUUCUGCAUGUACAUUGUAUAUAUGGCAUGCUUUCCAUUAAAUUGGAAUAUUUCAACAAA